AUGAGGACCUAUGUUUUACAUGCUAAUGCCAAGAAAUGUUCAUUUGGUUAUACUAGAAUCAAUUAUCUUGGGCAUAUCAUAUCUGAAGGAGUGAGAACUAAAGAUGAUAAAAUGCAUGCUGUAUUAUCAUGGCCUCAACCAAGGACCUUGAAACAGUUAAGGGGUUUUCUAGGCCUGACUGGCUACUAUAGAAGGUUUGUGAGAGACUAUGGCAAAAUUUGUAGGCCUCUCACUAAUCUAUUGAAGAAGGAUGCCUUUUCUUGGCGUGAAGAAGCUACUAUAGUUUUUGAAACACUCAAGCAAGCCAUGUCUUCCCCUCCUGUGUUGGCUCUUCCUAAUUUUCACCAGCCUUUUGUUAUUGAAACGGAUACCUCUGGGACAGGCAUUGGAGAUGUGCUGAUGCGAGGGGGCCACCCAAUUGCUUUUAUAAGCAAAGCUCUAUCAGAGAAAUUUGCAUCUCUCUGCUUCUGA